AUGCCUACACCAUUCCUACUCGAUGAAGCUCCAGUGAACCAAAGCUUGACGCCAGUAUCCUCCACCCCCUUCGCCUUUUGUCCCUUCCAUUUAGUCUCAUGGACGAAUAGAAAUCUAACUAUGUUCUUUGAAGAGAAGAGAAGCCAGGUUGUGUCCGCAAUGUUAAAGGGUCUAAAAAAUAGAGAUGAUAAGGGGACUACAGAUGAGAUCUCGUCUGUGAGCGCACGACCAAAUGCUAAGAGAAGGGGAAUCAAUCUAGGGCCUGUGGAGAUCAUCUCCGGGGCCAGCGUUGGGCCCGCAAAGAUGUUUGGGGCCGCUAGGUCGAGGCAAAUACUUGGGAGGCCCGAGAUGGCCACUCCAGUUCAGAGCUGGAGAAAAUCGUGCUAUUGGAAGUUGCAGGGCAUAUAUGAAGCGAAGGCGGGCACAGGCAAGGGCUUCUCGAGCGUGAGCCCAAAGCCAAGAAACAUUAGAGUGAAGUUUGAAUUCAAGAACUCGAGGCAGGCUACGACAACGAUUUUGUCGAGAAAGGCUUUGAAGAAGGCAGACUACGACAACGAUCUGAACUCCGGUCAGAUCCCCUCAGUGAGAAAUAGGUCAUUGCUGGAAAGUGAUGAUGAAAGGGAUGAAAGAUUGAAACACCGUCUUAUGGCCUCUAAGGAGCUUCACCCUGCUUUGAUAUCUCCAGAGUGUGAAUACAAGGUUCUUCAGUGGCUCAUAGGUGGGCUUUUAGCUGUUGUGCUCAAACCAAGGGAGGUCCAAUGCCCCUUAGUCAGACGCCUUGCUCGUGAACUCUUAAUUAUGAGGGAUCACUCUACUAAUGCUUGCAACUGCACUCACAAACCACAAGCCCUCGCUGAUGGCUGA